AUGAAGAUUAUUGUAUAUGUUUGCAUUUGUGUGGCCGCAUGGGCCAUUCCAGUUCCUCAAAUCAAACCACUGGAGAGACAUGCUGCUGACCAGUCUAUGAAUGUAAAUCUUCCAGAAAAAUCAAAAGUGCCAACACAGAAUGAGUUAAAUGCUGAAAACACCACCAGAGAAAAUGGUGCCCCUUGGCAUGAAAAUCAGGGAGAAAGUCAGUCUCAGGUUCAAGACGAUUACAAAGGAGAGAGAAAUGGCUCUGAGUGGGCACCUGUAGGAGAGAAAAGUUCCUCCCAUCUCACGUCAGCCAACGAAGUGGGGAACACCGAGGAUCAGAAUGUGGCCAUGGGAAAAUCAGCAACAUAUGGAUACGAUGAGAUUCAUGGACAAGACGCUAAUGCCACAGCAAAUGGCAUCAGGGGCAAGGCACCAGUAAUCGUCACGGACAUUUCUGGAGCAACCAAUGGGAGCGGUAGUAUUGGAGACACUGAAGACAGUCCAAAGAACGGGUCUGCUGGAGUUGCCCAUCAGCGCGGGGACAACCCUGCUCCCCAGGAGGACAGGCAGUACGUGGUCGAAAGCAGUAACAGUACCAUCCCGGAGGACGGAGUACAGGGGACCACGUGUGGGAGUGAAGGAAAUGCAAGUGGCACCACAGCUCAGACAGAAGGUGGGAUAAAUGAGAAUGAGGAGGCAGGGGUAACCCCAGGGGUCAGUGGCACCAGCGGCAGGCAAGAUACGGGGGUGGAUAAUUCUGAAGGGAAUCCCAGUGGGAACGGAGAAGAUGAAUAUGAAGACCAGGGCUCUGGCGAUGAUGAUGAUGACGAAGGUGAUGACGCGGGGAAUGGGCAAGUGGGCACCGGUAACCAGGACCAGGGGAGCACAGGGGCGGGGCAAGAAGACAAGGACAAUAGCUUAGGCCAAGAGUCAACAAGUCGUGAAGACGAUGGCCCCGGAGGCAAAGAAGAACCCCAGGAAGGUGAUGGAGACAACACUUCCAAGAGUGAAGAGGAAAACGCUAACGUACCAGAAGACAAGGGUAGCCAGCGGGUGGAGAGCAACCCCAAGCCCAGUAACAGAGAAAACAAAGGUGUGGGAAGUGCAGUCAGUCAACAACUAGAGGCAAAUGUGAUUGGCAAGAGUCAAGCAAAGGAAAUAGAAACCAAAGGCCCUAGCCAUGGAAACAGAAACAAUACUACCAAAGUAUUUGGGAAAGUCACCGAAGACAAAGAGAGUAAAGGACAGCCUGCAGUGGUCACAAGCAAAGGGAAUGUCAAGACACAAGAAGUCAGCGUCAGCGCGGGACGUGGCCAGAAAGCAGAGCCCGGAAACACGUUUGGACACAGCAGAACAGGUAGUGGCAGUCAUAGUGACGGCUAUGACAGCUAUGAAUUCGAUGAUGAGUCCAUGCAGGGAGAUGACCCCAAUAGCAGUGAGGAGUCUAAAGGCAAGGACGAUGGCAAUUCCGAAGGUGACAGUAAUAGCAGUAGCCAAGGAGAUGUCUCCUACAGCUCCCAGGAGUCAAGUGAUAACGGAGACGAUAGCGACUCCACAGGAGGGCAGGAUGAUGAGAGUGAGAGCACUUCAGACGCUAGCGAGAGCGACAGCGGUGGCCAUGGGGACAGCGAGAGUGAGGACAACAGCAAGUCAGACAGUAGCACAGAAAAAUCAGAGAGCAGUGACAGCAGUGACAGUAGCAGUGACAGCAGUGACAGUAGCAGUGACAGCAGCGACAGUAGUGACAGCAGUGACAGCAGCGACAGUAGCAGUGACAGCAGUGACAGUAGUGACAGCAGUGACAGCAGCAGUGACAGUAGUGACAGCAGCGACAGCAGCAGUGACAGUGAUAGCACUGACAGCAGCAGUGACAGUAGCGACAGCAGUGACAGCAGCAGUGACAGUAGUGAUAGCAGUGACAGCAGCAGUGACAGUAGUGACAGCAGCGACAGCAGCGACAGUAGCAGUGACAGCAGUGACAGUAGCAGCAGCAGUGACAGCAGUGAUAGCAGUAGUGACAGCAGUGACAGUAGCAGUGACAGCAGUGACAGUAGCAGCAGCAGCGACAGCAGUGACAGUAGCGAUAGCAGUGAUAGCAGUGACAGCAGUGAUAGUGACAGCAAAUCAGACAGUAGCAACAGCAGUGACAGCAAGUCAGAUAGUAGUAAUAGUGACAGCAGUGACAGUAGUGACAGCAGUGACAGCAGUGAUAGCAGUGACAGUAGUGAUAGCGACAGCAGUGACAGCAGUGACAGCAGUGACAGUAGUGACAGCAGCGACAGCAGUGAUAGCAGCGACAGCAGCGACAGCAGUGACAGCAGCGACAGUAGUGACAGCAGCGACAGCAGUGAUAGCAGCGACAGCAGCGACAGCAGUGACAGCAGUGACAGCAGCGAUAGCAGCGACAGCAGUGACAGCAGCGACAGCAGCGACAGCAGCGACAGUAGUGAUAGCAGCGACAGCAGUGACAGCAGCGACAGUAGUGAUAGCAGCGACAGCAGUGACAGCAAUGAUAGUAGUGACAGCAGCGACAGCAGUGACAGUAGUGAUAGCAGCGACAGCAGUGACAGCAGCGACAGCAGUGACAGCAGUGACAGCAGUGAUAGCAGCGACAGCAAUGACAGCAGUGAUAGCAGCGACAGUAGCGAUAGCAGUGACAGUAGUGAUAGCAGCGACAGCAGUGACAGCAGCGACAGCAGUGACAGCAGUGAUAGCAGCGACAGCAGUGACAGCAGCGACAGCAGUGAUAGCAGUGACAGUAGUGACAGCAGCGACAGCAGUGACAGUAGCGACAGCAGCGACAGUAGUGACAGUAGUGACAGCAGUGACAGUAGUGACAGUAGUGAUAGCAGCGACAGCAGUGACAGCAGCGAUAGCAGUGACAGUAGUGACAGCAGCGACAGUAGUGACAGUAGUGACAGCAGUGAUAGCAGUGACGGUAGUGAUGAUGACAGCAGUGAUAAUAACAAAGGCAGUGACAGUGCAUCUGAAAACAGAGGUGACAAUCGCAGGAAGAGCAAAUCUAGUAAGAAGCACAACAAUAGAGGAGACAGCAGUGACAGCAUCAGUGAAGGCAGUGAUAGUAAUCACUCAACCAGUGAUGAUUAA